AUGAAACCAAUUAAAUGGGCAACAGCCCUUAUUUAUGCAUUUAAUAGCUUUUGCAUUGCCCAAGACAGUAACAAAGACUGGAAACCAAUUAUAACGCGAACCUCAAUCGACUCUACUUUCGACAUUCAAGCAUUUGAUGAUUCAACUACUCUAUUACGUCUAGAAAAUGAACAUAUUUUAAUAACAACAAAUAAUGGUGCCUCUUGGGAACCUAUCUCUCAGAUCAAAGAUAAAAUCAUUUGGUAUGAUAUAGAUCCAUAUAAUAAGGGCAACAGAGCCGUGGCUUUAGCAGCAGGUGGCAACAGAUUCUAUCUUACUGAAGAUCAGGGUAGGAAUUGGAAAGAAAUUAAAUUAAAUAUUCCAGAGAGGGAUGAUUUUACGUCUUCAUGCUAUUUAUCAACCCACCCUACUAGGAAAGAAUAUUUCAAAGUUCAUUGCGUUUCAUGUGAACAACAAAAGGAUGAUUGGAAAGACAUGUUCAAUAAACUACUAAAAAGAUCAUACCAUGCCGUUUCUUCUGCGGUUUCACCUUCUACAACUGUAUCAAACCUUAAUUCAAAGGCAAGGCGUGCAGGCAAUACUGAAAAUGACAAAAAUAACGAUAAUCAGAAUGAUAACAAACAAAAUAAUGAUAAUGGUAAUAAUAAAAAUAAUAAGGAACAGGAUGACAAAAAGUCAGGAUGGAAGUACGUUCAACCAAAAUGUAGAGGCCGAGAAUAUGUGUCAAAUAAUUACGGUAAAACUUUUAGGGAAAUUAAACCAUCAAAUGACUAUGAACAAGAUGACGCCAUUAUUUUUGACAAUUUGGAAUGCUCUUUCGCAAAGAUAUCAUCUAAAUCUAAUAUUAAGCUAGAUGAUUCUUCACUAAUUUGUACUUACGAAAUUGAAAGAGAACAAGACAAAGAUAUUCCAGUCCUUACAUCUGUUGAAUUUUUUAUUACAAAUGAUUGGGGAAGAACUUUAACGCAUAUCCCAGUUUUAGAAGACCUUGUGGUUACGAAUUAUAAAAUUUUAAACAAUCACAUCCUUGUUGUCACUAGAGAAGAUAAAUACAAUGAAUAUUCUCCAAAGAAAGUUUGGGUUUCUACAGAUGGAAAGGAAUUUAAAGAAGCUUAUUUACCAACACAAUUACGAUAUUCUGUAGACGGCUAUAUCCAAGAAGAUAGUACUGGGAGAAUUAUUCUUCCAAUUUCUAAGAAUGAAGAUGAGGACCUUCAAAAACAUCAUGGUAUGGGAGAAAUAUUGAUAUCUGACUCAACUGGCUUAAAGUUUGAAAAAAUUGAUUGGGGUCUCGAUAACAAACAAGGUUAUAUGAGUCUGAUUAUCCCAGAGCACUUGAAAGGGACCAUGAUGGGAACUUUUGUUUCAAUUUCUACCGACAAUAAAGGCCAUGGUCGUAAUUAUAGAAAAGGUAAUACAAAAAUCUCAACAGAUAAUGGUAUUAGCUGGUCGAAUUUAAAAAUUGUUGACCCCGAAAAUAGAAGUAAAUAUAGUUGUAACAUUGAUGAUGUUGAUAUAUGCUCACUUCACUCUUUUUUUGUAUUCCAAAAUAUGGCUGUUCCAACUGCAGGCAUUUUGAUGACUAUUGGUAUUGUCGGUGAUGGUACAAACUUAUCUUGGACUGACGCUCAAACGUUUGUUUCAAGAGAUGGGGGAUUAACUUGGAAACUAGCAUUUCAAUAUCCAAUUUUGUUCUCUUUUGGGGAUAUGGGUAAUGUUAUUGUAGCAGUACCUUUUAGAGGAGAUAUAGACGAUGAUCCAGAAUCCGAAAUUUACUAUUCUCUUGAUCAAGGUUUAACAUGGGAAGAAUACCAACUAGAACAUCCAAUAUUUCCUACUGAAUUAGUUACCACAACACCCGAUGGCUCUGGAUCAACAUUUUUACUAAGUGGAAUAUCUAUGAGUAAUCCAGGAGAUCUAAAAGAAUUAAGUGGAUCCGCAAACUUUUUGUACACCAUUGACUUUUCAAGCUCCUUUAAAGGAAAAUCCUGUCAAGAUUCAGAUAUGGAAAAUUUUGUACUUAACGGCAAUGAAUGCAUUGGUGGUGCUAGAUACACCUUCAUUAGAAGAAAACAAGGCUCUUCGUGUUUAGUAAAGAAAGUAUACGAAGACCUACACUUGUCUGAAGAUCCUUGCCAGGAAUGCACCGAAGAUGACUAUGAAUGCUCUUUUGAAUUUACUAAAAAUGAAAAUGGAGAGUGUGUUCUUGAUAAAAGAUUAUUAGGUAUAUCAGAUGUAUGCUCCUCUCGUAAAUCUUCAAUUAAAUUGUUUCCUAUGCAACUAAGUCGUAGCUCUAAGUGUAAAAAUCCUCUAAAAAUUGACAAGGUUGAAGUUCAAUGUAAUGAGAACUCUGGCUCUGGCUUCAGUCCGGUUGAAUCUGAUCAAAAAAUCUUAACUUCUGAAUAUGAUUUCCAAUCACAAAUUAUAUCAUAUCGUUAUUUCGACACUAGUUCUGAUGAAUCUUUCAUUAUUACUACAAAAGACAGAAAAGUUUACGUAUCCAAUGAUGGUGGUCAAACUAUUCAAAAGAUUGAUUCAGGAGAUGAUGAAAUUGUCGAAAUUGUCUUUAAUCCGUACUUUGGCUCUAAUGCAUAUUUAUUUGGAAGAAGUGGGAAACUAUAUAUGACAACCGAUAGGGGUAGAACUUUUUCAUCCACUCAGUUGGAUACUUCUAAGCAUCUUGGUUUCCCCAUAGAAUUCAAUGCAAAGGAUCAAGAUACUUUUGUGUACUAUGCAGGAAAAAACUGUGACUCAGUUUACAAUCCAGAUUGCCAUGCAGUUGCAUAUAUUACUAGAGAUGGUGGGCGAACUUUUAAAGAAAUGCUAGACGAUGCCAUUCAUUGUGAAUUUGUAGGCUCACUGUUUAAGCAUCCUUCUGACGAAAACCUGGUAUUAUGCCAAGUGAAAGUCCGCGGUAAGAAUGAAAGAAAUUUAGUUGCUUCUAAUGAUUAUUUUGAAAAUGAUAACAGAAAAGUAUUUGACAGUAUUAUUGGAUAUAUGUCAACUGGGGAAUAUAUUGUCGUUGCAACCCCUUAUUCAGAAGGCGAACUAAGAGCAUAUGUAACUAUUGAUGGCGAAGAAUUUGCAGAAGCGCAAUUUCCGCAAAAUAUAAAUGCAGACAAACAGGAAUCAUUCACAAUAUUAGGUUCAGAAACUGGCUCGAUCUUCUUACAUUUAGCAACCUUCCUAGAACCUGAUGCAGAAUUUGGUGCGCUAACAAAAUCAAAUUCUAAUGGUACUUCAUUUGUCACUCUAGAACGUGCAGUCAACAGAAACUUCUUCGGUUUUGUAGAUUUUGAAAAAGUUCAAGGGCUUGAAGGUAUUAUUUUAAUUAAUGUUGUAGAUAAUAAAGACCAGGUUAUCAAUAAAAGUCAAGAAAAAAAAUUAAAAUCCAAGAUCACAUUUAACGAUGGUUCAGACUGGAGUUACUUAAAUCCACCAAAAACCGAUAGUGAUGGUAACCGAUAUGAUUGUUUUAAAGCUGGUAUCGAAAAAUGCUCUUUACAUUUGCAUGGUUUUACCGAACGUAGAGAUAAAAGAGAUACAUUUGGUUCUGGAUCUGCGAUUGGAAUGAUGUUUGGUAUUGGGAAUGUUGGUGAGUAUUUAGCUCCAAAAAACCAGGGUUCCACGUUUUUCACCACAAACGGCGGUGCUACAUGGACUGAGUUAAGAAAAGGCACAUAUCAGUGGGAAUUUGGUGACCAUGGUGGCAUAUUGGUUUUGGUUAAAGAUGGUGAGAGAACAAAAAAUAUUCAUUAUUCAAUUGAUUUUGGUAAAACUUGGAAUGAUUACCAGUUUUCUGAGCAGGAAGUCCUAGUAAAGGAUAUUGUGACUGUUCCUCAGGAUUCUGCUAUGAGAUUUUUAUUAGUUACAGAGCCUAAAACAAGCAGAAUGGGGGCCACAAAAAUCAUAUCUAUUGAUUUUAGCAGGGUAUUUGAAAGACAAUGUCAAUUAGAUUUUACUUCUAAAUCUAAUCCAGAUUUUGCAUAUUUCCCAAUCGAACCAUUGGCAGGUGUAUGCCUAUUUGGCCACCAGGCUGAAUAUUUAAAAAAAACUAGUAGUAACUGUUAUAUUGGAAACUAUCCCCUAUCUAAAUCCGUUCGGAUUAUUAAAAAUUGUACAUGUACAAGGAAUGACUUUGAGUGUGACUACAACUUUUAUAAAGCUAAAGAUGGCACGUGUAAGCUAGUGGAAGGGCUAGAUAAACAAGAAGCAUCUAAUAUCUGUAGAAAAACCCCUGAAUUAAUAGAGUAUUUCGAACCAUCUGGAUAUAGAAAGAUUCCGUUAUCGACUUGCCAAGGCGGUCUGAAGUUAGAUAAAUUUUCAGAUCCACUUCCAUGUCCUGGAAAAAUGAAAGAAUUCCGUAAAAAAUAUUCUGUGGAAGGUAGCUUCUUCUUUAUUGUUUGGUUCAUCCCCUUUGUUUUCUUCUUAGCAUGUGCAUGGUUUUUGUACGAUCGUGGUAUUAGAAGAAAUGGUGGAUUCGCUCGUUUUGGUGAAAUUAGGUUAGGAGAUGAUGAUCUAAUAGAAAAUAAUGAAACUGAUAAAGUUGUAAACACAAUUAUUAGAUCCAUAUUUUCAGGCUUAUCAAAGUUUGGCUCAGGCUAUAAAAUCUUGAAAAGAACUGCAUCAGAAAGUAUAUUGAGAAUUAGAGAAAGAAUGGCAGGGAGAAGAGCCCCUACAUAUUCUUCUUUAUUACAUGACCAAUUCUUAGAUGAUGCUGAUGAUUUAUUAGUUGGACAUGAUGAAGAUGCUAAUGAUUUAGAGAAUUUCUUAAAUGAUGAUGGCAAUUUUGAUAUCGAUAAUGAUGAUACAGCAGAUCCUUUUGCCCAUCCUUUUAGAGAUGAUCCCACCCCACCAGUCGAUGAUAUCUCUACCACCGUAGAUACUUCAGAUGCCCCUAUAAAUGAUGGUCCUGAGGUUAAUAUUUUGGAUAAUCAUUCAGACCAAGAGUAA